CUUUGCUUCCUCUAGGCGUCAGCUCCUUUUCCCUCUCGCCUCUCUGUCCAAAGCUCCCCAUCUCGAUUCUCCCUCCCCGACUUUUACGCUAAGAAAAGCGUCGGAGCGCGACCUCUCGGAUCCACGCCGACGCCGGCGAUCCCCGCCCGCCGUCCCUCGCCGGACCAACGACUCCGACCGAAUCUACUUCGCUCUCUCCGUCUGCACUCCACUCUCGUCACCUUCUCCAUCUUCUUCCGCUCCUUUCGCCGUUCUCGUCUCUGCUUCCGUUUCGUCGCCGUCGCGUUUGCUCGGAUUUGCGAUCCGGAGGGCGGGAGACUGGUGCGUUCGUCUUCGCCCCUCGGUCCGCCGGAGGAGUUCGAUCUCGGUGUGUAUCGGGAGCGGCGGAGUUGGUGGGAGGGAGUGAGGAGCUCGAUUUCGGGAAUGGGGUUUCUGAGCACCAUACUGGGGUUUUGCGGGUUCGGAGUCGGAGUUUCUCUCGGCCUCGUGAUCGGAUACUUCCUUUUCAUCUACUUCCAGCCCGACGACGUCAAGGAUCCCAUCGUCCGGCCACUGAUCGAGCAAGAUACAGAGACGCUGCAGCGAUUGCUUCCUGAGAUACCCCUUUGGGUGAAGAAUCCUGAUUUUGAACGGGUUGAUUGGAUUAACACGUUUUUGCAACAUAUGUGGCCUUAUCUCGACAAGGCAAUCUGCAAGACUGCAAAGAAUAUUGCAAAACCUAUAAUAGCAGAACAAAUUCCCAAGUACAAGAUUGACUCUGUUGAAUUUCAAAAACUCACAUUAGGGACACUUCCACCAACUUUUCAAGGUAUGAAGGUUUAUGUCACUGACGAGAAGGAGCUGAUUAUGGAGCCUUCCUUGAAAUGGGCUGGAAACCCUAAUGUCACUGUUGCUGUUAAAGCAUUUGGCUUGAAGGCAACUGUUCAGGUAGUUGAUUUGCAAGUUUUUGCUUCACCAAGGAUUACUCUGAAGCCCUUGGUUCCCAGCUUUCCUUGUUUUGCCAAUAUAUUUGUGUCUCUCAUGGAAAAGCCACACGUUGAUUUUGGGCUAAAGCUUGUCGGUGCUGAUCUCAUGUCAAUACCUGGUCUUUAUAGAUUGGUUCAGGAGCUAAUAAAAGAUCAGGUUGCAAACAUGUAUCUUUGGCCCAAGACACUUGAAAUACCGAUACUGGACGUAUCAAAGGCAAUGAAGAGGCCUGUAGGGAUUCUGCAUGUGAAGGUUGUGAGGGCAAUGAAACUGAAGAAGAAAGAUUUGCUGGGUGCAUCAGAUCCUUAUGUGAAAUUGAAGCUUACGGAGGAUAAGGUUCCUUCAAAGAAAACCACUGUGAAGCAUAGAAACUUGAACCCUGAGUGGAAUGAGGAAUUCAAUGUUGUGGUUAAAGAUCCAGAGUCACAGGCCUUGGAACUUAAUGUAUAUGAUUGGGAGCAGGUAGGCAAACAUGAAAAAAUGGGUAUGAAUGUAAUUCCAUUGAAGGAAUUGCCCCCUGACGAGCCAAAAGAGAUGACUAUUAACCUCCUCAAAUCAAUGGAUCCUGAUGAUUCUCUAAAUGGUAAAUCACGAGGGCAGCUUGUUGUGGAGCUUACAUAUAAGCCUUUCAAACAAGAGGAGAUAACUCUGAAUUUUGAGGAUUUAAACCUGGCUCAGACGGCCCCUGAAGGUACACCAGAUGGUGGAGGUCUGCUUGUUGUUAUAGUUCAUGAAGCACAAGAUGUUGAAGGCAAGCAUCACACCAAUCCAUAUGUGCGGAUACUUUUCAGAGGAGAGGAGAGAAAAACUAAGGCCGUGAAGAAGAACCGAGAUCCAAGGUGGGAGGAGGAGUUCAAUUUCACAUUGGAUGAGCCUCCUACUGAUGAGAAGAUGCAUAUUGAAGUUCUCAGCGCCUCAUCAAGGAUAGGUCUGCUACAUCCUAAGGAAUCGCUGGGCUAUAUCGACAUAAGCCUUGCUGAUGUUGUGAGCAACAAAAGAAUCAAUGAGAAGUACCAUCUUAUCGACUCGAAAAAUGGGCGGAUCCAAAUAGAGAUGCAAUGGAGAACUUCCUGAGUUGCGGUUGGUUUCCUGGUCUCAAUAUGCUUUGGCUUCAGAAUUGCAACACAGUAAAAAUAAUUUCAGAGUCACCAUAGAAACCCAUACAGAUUUGUUUGUUGUUGUACACAUCAUAGAAAUAAAAUCUGCAAACUACGUGCAACCUUUGAUUGUGCCUGCGCGGCAUUCUUUUUUCCACGUAAAUUUGCUUUCUGUACUGGGCGGGCUCUUCUAGCUGAUGAAACUCAGAUUAUGCUGCGGGGAUCUCCACUGUUACCUGGAGGAAAGAAAAAGGAGGAAGUUACAAGUGCCUGGGGAAACGGUUGUCGACUUAUAUUCGAUAACGGAUUGUGCCGUUCUCUUGAAUUAUCGAUAAUUUGUUGUCUUUGCC